AUGGAGACGCCGGCGCGCUGCCUGUCCUCCUCCUCGUCCAGAGCCGUCCCUCCACCUCCCGCUGCUCCCCCGCCGAUGUGGAACGGCACGGAGGCGGACGCGCGUCCGGCGUUGCGCGCGCUCACGGGCUGCGUGCUGAGCGCGCUCAUCCUGUGGACGCUGCUGGGCAACGUGCUGGUGUGCGCGGCCGUGCUGCGCUUCCGCCACCUGCGCACCAAGGUAACCAACACGUUCAUCGUGUCGCUCGCGCUUUCGGACCUGCUGGUGGCCGUGCUCGUAAUGCCGUGGAAGGCGGCGGCCGAGGUGGCCGGCUACUGGCCAUUCGGUGCCUUCUGCAACAUCUGGGUGACCUUUGACAUCAUGUGCUCCACGGCGUCCAUCCUGAACCUGUGCGUCAUUAGCGUGGACCGCUACUGGGCCAUCGCCAGCCCUUUCCGCUACGAGCGCAAGAUGACCCAGCGCGUGGCCUUUGUCAUGAUCGGAGUCACGUGGACGCUCUCCGUGCUCAUCUCCUUCAUCCCCAUCCAGCUGAACUGGCACAAGGCGCGUGCCGAGAGCGCGCGCUCCACUUCAAACACCGCGGACAUGGACGCGCCCGAGGAGCACGCGGCCACGGCUCGCGCGGGCGCUCCGGCGCGCGAGGACUGCGACUCGAGCCUGAGCCGCGAGUACGCCAUCUCCUCGUCGCUCGUGAGCUUCUACAUCCCCGUGGCCAUCAUGCUUGUGACGUACACGCGCAUCUACCGCAUCGCGCAGACCCAGAUCCGGCGCAUCGCCUCGCUGGAACGCGCGGCCGAGCACGCGCAGAGUUGCCGGGCGGCGUGCCGCGAGCACCAGCAGCUCCAGCAGCAGCACCACCACCAGAACCACACGAGCACGCUCAGGACGUCCAUCAGCCGCGAGACCAAAGUGCUGAAGACGCUCUCGGUCAUCAUGGGCGUGUUCGUGUGCUGCUGGCUGCCCUUCUUCGUGCUUAAUUGCGUGGUGCCCUUCUGCGCCAGGACGAGCCCCGGGGGUGGAGGUGGGGGCUCGGGAGCGCGCCGCUCGGGAGACGCGAGCGCGGGCGCGUGCGUAAGUGACACCACGUUCGACGUGUUCGUGUGGUUCGGCUGGACCAACUCGAGCCUGAACCCCGUCAUCUACGCCUUCAACGCCGAGUUCCGCAAGGCCUUCGCGAGCCUUCUGGGCUGCAGGCGCCUGUGCACGAGCACGCCCGUGGAGACGGUCAACAUCAGCAACGAGCUCGUGUCCUACAACCAGGACACGCUGCUGCACAAGGAGAUCGCCAGCGCCUACGUCAACAUCAUCCCCAACGUGGUGGAGUGCGCCGAGCGCGAGGACACUUUCGACCGCAUCUCGCAGCUCUCGCGCAACAACGACGACCUGGACGACCUGGCCACGGACUCAGCGUGCGAGCUGGACCGCAGCGCCGCCGACAUCAGCCUGGAUGCGCUCGCGCCAUUCACGCCGAACGGCGUGCGUUAG